GUGUCUCGAAAUGUACAAGCUACGACAACUUGUCCUCGACGCCGAACGACGGAGGCCUGCAAAGUCGCCUUUCUGGCAACAAUUUACGUCUCUGUAUUGUCGACCACCUGCUCGUCCAAAAAUCUCGCUGUACCGUUCAGGAUCAGAGGAGAUCACUCGAGGUAGUCGGUCACCUCCUCUCACGGGUAUACCUAUGAACUUGGCGUAGCAGUAUGACUUCUGCAACGCGCAGACAUGCAUCGCGGAGCCGGUAUGGGCAGGAAGAGAUCUCUACAGCUGGUUAUGAGGCCGCACAUCACGUGGAAAUCACCGAGUGGAUAGACGAGGAAUUGCAGGAGGAACGUCAGAGGUUGGUGGAAGAGAGGCAGAACGAGGCUGCACGCGCCUUGGAUAGACAUGACGAUCUGCUACGGGAAAGUUUUCACCUCCAGAGAUUCGGUCUCUUGACUUCAUAUGACCCCAAGGAAGCCAAAGCCGACAAUUCGGAUGUCUUUCUGCAGUUCAAAAUGAAGUAUGACCUCCUGAACAACAAUGAUGCCGCUGGACCUUCGCGGAAAACACGCCGAGCACGCAAUGAGCGCAUGCAAGCGCUGCAGACAACAGGUGUUUCUGCGCCACCAGGCCCGUCGACCAGACCUGUCACUGAAGACAAGGUUGUUUGGAAGCUACUUGACCAAGUCAAAUCGAAAUCCAAGGGUAAAGGAAGAGCCGCUAAUGACGACGUUUCAGAAAGCAUCAGCGCCACGCCCACCUAUAGCCGCAAGGGCAAGGCAAAGGCAGUUGCGCCACUGCCUGAGAGAGAGCCGGCGUCUAUCUCACUGGCUGCGGUCGCGCGCACUCCAGCUAAUGCGCAUUCUGGUCGGCGAUCUGCCAUGGCCCCGCCACCUCACCCGCCACUUCCGCACAAGAAGAGGAAAUUGCAGCGCUCCUCAGAGUCGACAGAAAUUGGCUUGCAGGGUCUUACAGUUGAUCAUGCGCCGAAUCCACAUACAAACCGCUUGCGCAGCUCGCGAGCGUCCUUGCGAAGCGAGAAGUCCCUCGCCGAAACCAUCGCGGACCUUUCUCCCGAACCGACAUCGCAAACCGUCAAACGUAUCAAGCUUGUUGUUCGAAACCCUGUACCAAUCAUCACGAAUCCUGUACAACGGCUGCCUACGCCAAAGCAUGGAUCAGUCACCGAAUUUCUUAUGUCGUAUUCUGCCCCGAACGGCGUGAAUCUCGACAAAAACGGGCUGCGAGCGCUGUAUCGAGACGAUCUCGAGGUGUGGCGAACGAUCGACGUUCUUCGUCGGCAAGGGCGAAUGUUAUAUCGGCCUCCAGACGACGACGGAUCUGAUGAACGAUGGCCAGAGACACACCGACAGCCGGAUAUAUGGGACGUUAUCAUCGACGCCGUUCAAGCUCGAGCCGAGACACCACUACCUCACGGUCCAGAUGUGGCGGCACAGGUGUCGAGUCAAGUAAAAGCCUACUGGAACAUAAGAGCUGCCCGGGACGACAAAGUCAGGACCCAGGAGGAGAGACGCCUCAAGGUUUUAGCGAAGGCAACGAUUCGGAUGGUGGCAGCGGAAUGGAAGAAGGUGGUCUUCCAUAUACGAGAGCAGGGGCGCCUCGAACGAGAAGCGGAGGAGCGGCUCAGAGGUCACGAGCACCUCGAUGCCAUUCUGGACCAGUCCGGACAACUGCUCGAGGCGCAACAGGUGGACCUAACGAAAGGCGACUUGUCUCGUUCCCAAAGCAGGUCGAACAGCCAUGCGGAUAUACUGUCGCAAUGGGCAUCUACGUCGCCGUCACCCGACAGGGAGCCAGACCCGGAUGAUCAUACGAAUUAUGGGGGUGACGAUCUUGGGGAAGGUUCGGGCUCCGGAAGCGAAACUGCGGAGGAGCUGGAUACUGGUGAUUUAGUUGCAGACUCUAAAUCAGCCAGCGAAGGAGGCGAAAUUGGUGAAAACGGUACAGACCCUCCCUCGUCCCCGCCUCCGGCAUUCCACGAGGAAGAUGGAGACGAAGGCUUUCACUCGAUACCCUCUGAGCCGAACGCCACACGUCCACACAGUCCCGAGUUUGACGCCCUGGUGUCUUCUCUCGAUGUUCUGGCUGGAACUGGAGCUGUCUAUUCGCCUGGUAAAGGUGGACUGGUCUAUGGCGAAAAGACUCCCGUGAGGCAACAUGUCAAACCGCUCUCCGAGUCGAACGGGCGUAUGUCUGUCAAGUCUCUUUUACUUGAUCAGGAUUCAGGCCUGUCAUCUUCGGGACGAUCUUCUCCAUUCCUCUCGCAGGAUCGGAAUCCCCGGCCUCCCCCGCAAAUAGAGGACGUCACACCAUACUCCGAGACGGGACUCGAGAGAUUCGCUGUCGAUGCUCGCUUGCGCUCGGUUCUUCUAGGCCACUCAGCGGUGGAAAGUCAGCCGCCCGACUCGAAGGAUAGAGCCAUACCAAGAGAAGCUACUGCUGAAGAGGUAACUACGGCAAUGCCUGCGGACGACGAUGAACAGGACCUCGCAGAUGAGAUCGAGACACAGUCUUUGAUACCCACCUAUCUCCGCCCCUAUGCUGUUGCGCCUGUAGAUUGCGAUCCUCAACAAAAGAUCAAGCCACCGCUCCUGCUUCGAGGAAAUUUGCGACCAUACCAGCAGGCGGGCCUAGAAUGGCUAGCCAGUCUUCACACCAACAACGUCAAUGGUAUUCUUGCAGACGAGAUGGGCCUUGGGAAAACUAUUCAGACCAUUGCGCUCCUGGCUCACUUGGCCUGCGAUCGUGGUAUCUGGGGACCGCAUCUAAUCAUUGUGCCUACAAGCGUGCUCCUGAACUGGGAGAUGGAAUUCAAGAAGUUUCUACCCGGAUUCAAGGUCCUGAGCUAUCAUGGCAACACGAAGCGCCGCAAGGAGCUACGACAGGGCUGGAAUAAUAAAUACCACUUCAACGUCUGUGUAACGUCCUACACGCUCGCGAGUCGUGAUUCCCACGUCUUCAAGCGCAAGGCGUGGUACUACAUGAUCCUCGAUGAGGCGCACAUGAUCAAGAACUUCAAGUCUCAACGAUGGAAUAUCCUGCUCAUGUUCCGGUCCUUUCGACGUCUGCUCCUAACUGGCACGCCACUUCAGAAUAACUUGACCGAACUUUGGGCCCUGUUGCAAUUUCUCAUGUCUGGAACGAAUUUCGCCAAUCUCAAAGAGUUCGCGGACUGGUUCGCAAACCCCCUGGAGAAAGCGAUUGAGAUGGGGACAGUUCACGAUGACGAGAUACAGGAGCGGGUCUCCAAGCUGCACAGCGUCCUAAGGCCGUACCUUCUUCGCCGACUCAAGCGCGAUGUCGAGAAGGAGCUGCCGAGCAAGUUCGAACACCUCGUGAUGUGUCCACUCUCGAAGCGACAACGAUUCCUCUACGACGAGUUCAUGUCUCGCGCCGAAACACGCUAUGACCUGCAGUCUGGCGUGUAUCACAAAAUUGCGAACAUCUUGAUGCAGUUGCGCAAGGUCGUCAACCACCCGGACCUCUUCGAGGUGCGACCAAUCCGGACGUCGUUCGUCAUGUCGAGAUCAGCCAUCGCAGACUACGAGAUUAAGGAGCUACUCAUCCGACGACAACUACUGCAGGAGGACGACGCUCAGCGAGUCAACCUCGACUUCCUUGGCUUUCACUUCGUCAACCGUCAGAACACCUCCAAGGUUGCCGUUCGGGAGCGACGUCAAUUGGACGGUACCUACCAUCUUCCACUGAUCACGGAGUUACCUGAGCGACCUCCAACGGAUACCCGAACUAUCGCUGGAUACAAGAGGUACAAGGAGUAUCUCGAGAAAGCCAGCACGGCUGCUCGAUGGGCACAGAUUUGCUACAUCAACUGGAUGCGAUGUAACCAGAGCGAGCCUAUCUUCUCGGAGGAGACGUUAGGCAUUGCCAAACACUUCUACCAGCCCCUUCUGCCAUAUUCCGCCUUGGACAGAAGGUUCGGAGUUUGGGCCAACUGCAACCAGGUGAACUUCGCGGUCAAGUCGUAUGCUGAACGCGCGGAUGAGAUGGCGGACGUUGUAAACUGCUUUGCAUUCGUCACACCUUCAGUCGUGGCCCGCGACCUACCAACCAUUGCUCUUUCUGGCUACGAAGCGCCGAUCUCGCAGUACGCCUUGAAUACCAAUUUCGAUGCACUCUUGCAUCGAAGUACCGUCAAGCUCCAGAUUGCGUUCCCAGAUCCUUCGCUAUUGCAGUACGACUGCGGGAAAUUGCAGGAGCUCGACCGUCUCCUCCGCGAGCGCAAAGCUGGUGGACACCGCAUCCUCAUUUUCACGCAGAUGACGCGCGUGCUCGACAUCCUGGAGAUCUUCCUCAACUUGCACGGAUAUCUCUACCUGCGGCUGGACGGAGCGACUAAGAUUGAAGACCGUCAGUAUAUAACUGAGAGGUUCAACACCGACCCCCGCAUAUUUUGCUUUAUCUCCUCGUCGAGAUCUGGAGGCGUUGGUAUUAACCUGACGGGCGCAGACACAGUCAUAUUCUACGAUAGCGACUUCAACCCGCAAAUGGAUCGGCAGUGCGAAGACCGCGCACAUCGCAUCGGACAGAUCCGCGACGUACACAUCUAUCGUCUCAUCGCACGGCACACCGUCGAGGAGGCGCUGUUGCGUAAGGCGAACCAGAAGCGCUCGCUCGACGACAUCGUCAUCCAGAAGGGCGAGUUCGACUGGCGCACGCUCUUUGGUGACGACGGCGCUGGUGGCGGCGGGGGCCUUGGCGUUGGUACCGUUGGAGGCGGCGUCAGCGGACUCAGUGUCAGUGCGCUGGAGAAGGCGCUCGGCGAGUUUGAGGACUCAGAGGACAGGGUCGCAUGCGAGAUAGCGACGAGGGAGCAGGUCGAGCUUACUGGUGCGGAUGAGGCGGAUUUCGGUGCGGAUGCUCCGGGAGGACCUAAAACCGUGCGCAUCGAAACCGUUGAGCAAGAGCCAGACGCGGAUGAAGACCGCGCUCAGGACAUCCCGGAUGCUGAAGUCGCGGAGGACGAGGAUGAGGAAGAGGGUGGCACGACUGUGGAUUACAUGCUCUCGUUCGUGCAGUGGGAUACGGAGUUCUUCAGCGAAUGGCGGAUCUAGGUUCGUAUCUCUCUGUGUUGUAACACCAUGAUGUAUAUGCUCUUUCUUGUCAAUCGACCCCAUGCUUCUCACAGUGCUAUGAUACUUAUGCCGCUAUAUUACAUGAUAUUUGAACAUGGCUAUAGACUUUUCUUGUUUCUGUACAUGCAAUGCAGAUGACCACCGUUCAUUAUGCUUUUGAUAUGCGAGUAAGACAAGGGUGUCAGUGUAAGUACCUGAGCUCUCAAGAGUGGUGAGUAAAAGUUUCGUCGCCAACGCGAUCAUGACCAAGCUACGCGGUUUUAUCAUUCCGAUGUGUGACGUACACCUGUCCAACAAGCACCGCCGAGCUCGCGAGCAUCGCGACAGACGCAAUUGGCAUAUUCAGGAGCAGGAACUGUAGUGGGCGUACGUGUAUGCCCUUAUCGCGCAGGAUCUGGCGCCAGAGCAGGCCCGCAAGCGACGCGGAGAACGUGAACGUGAACGCGCCGUAGUUGCUCCCGAUCGCGAGUGCAAAAAUUGCGCCGUCGCGCGUGCGCGGGUCGAGCGAGUCAGCCGAGGACGACGCAAGCCAGUCCUGGAGGACGCGCGCAAGAAGAAUCGUCGCGCCGAUGUUCGUGCCGCAGACCUAUGUCAAUGAUGGUGAGUAUGUGAGGAUAAAGGGAUGAUAAAGAGAGGACGCACGUUGCAGAAAAUGCAUGCGAGGAAGCCCAUGCCGCCGAUGGCGCCGAUGGUCCCUGUCUUCGCGACCCACGUCGCCCACCAGCGCGCAAAGACCUCGACCCAACCCUUGCUCGAGAGUGCCUGGACGAGGAUGAACAUCAGGAAUGCGAACGGGAUGAGCGGAAUCGGCAGGCGUGACGCAAUUGUUGUCACCGUCGGAAAGGCCUCGCAGGCCGUCUGUAUCUUCUCAGCAGCUUUAUCAUAGAGCGUCGCGGGCGGCGUUGGGCUCGAUGAGCGUGUGGAUGCGGCAGUGCUACUCUCGGGAGUCGGAGGCGCUUCAGGCGGCGUGCGGGGGACCUCCUGGAUCUCGGUGAUGUCUUCAUCUUCGACUGCCGUUUGGGCGCUCCCGUUUUGUUGGGAGAACUCGGUCAUGGGGAAUUCGCCUGCGGAGCGCGCGCGCCGGCUGGCGAGGGACUCGGCCGGCUGAGGGCGCGACGGGGCAGGAGCUUCCUUAUGCUUUGCCAUCCAGUCGUGCACGCCGUCACGCAAGAGCAUGACGAGCGCAGGGGGGACAGUGACUUGCCAGACCGAGACGCCGAUCGUGCUGGUGCCGACAAGGACGGCGAGUGUCGUGCCGAGGAGGAUGGUGCCGAAGAUGGCGCCGUGCUUGUCCACGAGUGUGCCGGACGCGGCGCUGCUGGAAUCGUGAUCAUCGAGCUCAAGGCCGAGCGUGUUGGGUAUGAGGCCCCGCUUUCGGAACAGGGCAAAGAGCAGGAUAGGGUAGACAAGGAAUGCGGCGGCGAGGAAGGGAAGAAUUACGUGCGCAGUGUACUUCACGAAGGAAAGGCCAAAGGCUCCGGACAGCACAAGGUUGGUCGGGUUCGAGGAAACGAGCACGACGGAUGCUGGAAGGCAGCUGAUC